AUGCAAGCAGCCGUGCUCCGCAGCAGAGCAAUAGCAAGCAAUGAUAAAGGUGAGCUGAUCGGGCUGGACCUGCAGCGGGCGCUGCUUGGGACAGAAGGUUUCCACAGGCUUCUGUUCUCAACUCUGAUGCUCCACAGGUGGUUGGCUGAUGGGCAUGAGAUGCCUCUGAACACCUGGGUGCAACUGAACGCUGGCAUCGAGGGAGCUGGGAAUGACUUCCCAUUUCACGUGCAGAUGGCCAUCUACAAGGCGGUCUCAUCUGGCGAGCUGAAGCUGCAAGUAGGCCGAACAGUUGCACCUGUCAAGCCUCCAAUACCAUCCUUGCGGGGUCGGGCCUUCGUGCGCUACAACGGCCGGCCUCAGACGGAUGGUGACCUAGCACAUUGGCCGCAGGCAUCGCCACAUGUCCUGGCUGCCGAAGGUGGCGUUCUGGCUGCGGGCAGGAUGUCGCCACAGCCUGCUGCAUGCCUGCAAACAUCGCGGGUAAGGACAUCACUGGCAGCAUUUGCACAGCCCUUCGAUGCUGGCGGGUCUAGCAUGGACGAAGAGGUUACUUGGCUGCGACUGCAUCAGUGGCUUCUGCUUCUGAACUCCAGUGAUGAUGCGGCUCCUUUCGCAUUUGUCUCGUUAAAGAAGGUGGCUCUUCUUCGAGCAGAUGCCCGCGUGCUGCAGAUGACUCUCGCACGUCGAGUGGAAGGAGACUGGCCUUCGGUUGCAGUGGAUGAUGACUGGCUAGAGCUUUGCCUCCUCCUCGGCGACGGACGAUUUCAGGUAUUGGAGGCACCUGAGUUGGUGAUGAGGUUUGAAGAUGAGGCUGACUUCCAGAACUGGGCUGGAUACCUCAGGGAACUUUGCUGUGAGGACCCCGAACGGCGCCGGGCGGCCCUGAAGGUACCAAAGCUGCUGCCCGUGCAGCAGGAUCCUGAAGGGGGCCUGCCACGACUGCUCGUUGGUGCGCGGAGCACUGAAAGGGCAGCGACUGCGCCCGAGGGCUCCUCCACACGCUCGCGGAGCCUUGAGGAUGAGGAACUCUUAUGUGAGCCUGUGACCGUGAGCCACCUGAGCUCUGAUUCUGGCAUCCAUUCUGAACCGCUGGAAGGACUGCGGCGGCCGGAUGCUUCAUACCGCCAAAACGUGCCGCUGUCCCCCUUGGUGCGGAGAAAAAGCCUCGUCACCAAACAGGAAUUGGUAGCUUCAUCGCCUCUGCUGCGACCCCCCCGAUUGCCAGUGUCAAGAAGUAGCUCAGUUGAGACUGACAAGUCCUUCGACAGUCGAGCGAAAGCGUCUCCGUCAGUUUCUCCAAGAUCACCAGGCACUCAGCCGAAUUCGGCAAGCGGUACAGAUGAUGAAAAGUCUCCGUGCCCAAGCAUAUCUGCUAGCAGCGUUGACACCGCGAGAACACAUCCCCGUGUCGACCUGAUCGUAGAGGAAGCGGAUGAGGACAUCAACCGGCCUUGGGGCACCGUGGAGCGAACCUUCAAAGCUUUCUGUGGAACCAAGCCAGGUAUGGAUGGGAAAUCCUUCGCAAAGCUUUGCAAGGACUCCUCCUUGGUAGAUAGGAAUCUUACCAAAACGGACGUUGACAUCAUCUUUGCCAAGGCGUGCAAGAAGGGACAUCGGCGGAUCGGGCUGGAGCAGUUUGAUGCAGCCCUGGAGAUGAUAGCGGAGAAGAAAUCGCUGACACUCGAACAAGUAUGGUGCGCAGUAAGGUGUUGUGGCGGACCCGUCCUGAACAGCACGAAGACAGAAACAGUGCGGUUCCAUGACGACAAGAGCCUCUACACUGGAACCCACGCACAGGGAGGGCCAGAUCCUGGUCGAAAGGGAAAGGGAACGCUGACAUGGACAACAGCUCUACGUGAUGAGCCGUCGCAAGCCAGCACACCGGUGCCAAGCUCUCCAAGGGAUCCAGAAUACUCCCGUGAAGAGCCGGAGAAGCGACCUCGAUCCGUCAGCCUCAGCGAGAAAAAGAUCUCUCAGCAGCUGCGAGGUAAAGGUGGCACUGUGGAGGAUACGUUCAAGGCUUACUGCGCCAACAAGCCUGACAUGGAUGGGAAAGGGUUCGUGAAGUUGUGUAAAGACUGUGAGUUGGUGGACGAGUGUUUGACCCUGAUCGAUGCGGAUCUGAUUUUUGCGAAAGUGGUGUCCCGGGGGCACCGGCGAAUCAUUUUGCGUCAGUUCAAGGAGGCCCUUAGGUUGAUUGCCGAGAGGAAAGGCAUAGAUGAGGAGGAGAUCUGCCAGCGUGUUGCAGAAUCAGAAGGAGUGGUCCACGAAGGAACCACUGCAGACUACGUGCGCUUCUUUGAUGACAAGAGCACAUACACGGGCACACAUGUCUAUGGAGGUCCAGACAGUAGUGCUAGAACCAGCACAGACCAGUUCUGGAGCUCUAUGCUGCGUCCUGAUGGAUAUGAGGAGGACAGGCUCCCAGAAAUGGUGGUGAGCAAGAUAUGUGAGACAAGUCAGCCAGGAAGCAAAGCCAAAUCCACUCCGGUGCAGCCCAAGGCUAAACCUCGAGCUCGACUUGCGAUCACAGCCAAGAGCAAGCCGCCGGCUGGGGACAGCAAUGACUUCACCAUGGUUUUUACAGAUGUGCAAGGCUCUACAUCGCUUUGGGAAGCAAACCCUCGUGCGAUGGAGCUGGCUUUGAGACUGCACGAUGCAACCAUUCGGCAAGUCCUGGCAAAGCAUAGUGGAUAUGAGGUGACCACAGAGGGAGAUGCCUUUCAAAUAGCCUUCCACGACACAGCGGACGCGGUGGCCUUCUGCCUUGACACACAGGCAGAGUUGCUGCGAUGCGACUGGCCAGAUGCGACCUUGUCGCAUCCUGAUGCGGCUGCCAGUAGUGAUGGAGCCUGGCGUGGAUUGCGUGUGCGCAUGGGUUUGCACUCCGGCCGGCCGGCCUCUGUCACCAAGCACGAGGUCACCGGGCGAACGAGAUAUGCAGGGCCGUCUGUUGCAAUGGCUAAAGCUAUAGAGGGCGUUUGUCAUGGCGGGCAGAUCAUUAUGUCUGCCAGCAGCUUCUAUCUCAUUGAUGGUUUGCUGACUUUGCUUGGAAGUCCGCAGGUUGUCGACUUGGGAGAUCACAUCUUGGAAGGGCAUGGUCUGACAGAAGACUCUUCCCGAACUGGAUGCUCUGGCCGUGCCAGAGUGCAGCUAAUUCAGCUGGUGCCAGAUGCACUUGCCCAUGACUGGUCUGGCGAAGACCCCCUGGACAAGUCGACCCAUGUAGGGGGACGGAAAUUUCCUCCAGUGGUCAGCGAGCAACGUGUGUCUCCGGGAUUCGAGGGCUCCCCUUCUGGGACCUCUAUUACGCUGUGCUUUGUUUUCACCCAGGGUGCCAGGGAGUUGGUUGCAACUGACCCCGGGCUGGCAGUGCGGUCGCUUGGGCUACUGCGUGGAUGUUUACGUGAAGUUCUGUCACAUGCUGGCGAUGGCAGCGGCUAUGAGUGCCAAGAAGAUGAGGGCGCUUUCAUGUUGGCUUUUGGCAGCAUGUUGGAUGCGGCGGUCUUCUCCAUUCUUCUGCAGCGGAAACUACUGCUGCUGCCAUGGCCAGAUGAGUUGAGAGAACGAGGACCAAAUCACGCUCAUGGCCUCCGGGUAUCAAUAGGAGCACUGAGUGGUGCAUACACAUCCAGAAGACCACAUGCCUCCACCGGGCGUGCAGAUUAUUUCGGCACGAUUGUGAACCGGACUGCGCGCAUAGCAGCCGCAGCACACCCUGGCCAGGUUCUUUUGGGCGGAGAGAUGCCACUCGAUGCUGCCGCCCUGAAACGACUGCCAGGCGUUCAGUGGCAGCAGCCGGCGCCCCUGCCAGGCUAUCCUCAGAUGAUUCCACAGCCAAUUCCUCAACAAGCUGUUCUAGGGCAGCCUAUCCCAGCUGCCUACGCGCCAUCGCCUAUGUCCCCACCAGUGGUCAUGCCAAGCAUCCCUGGGCAGACUCAGCAGCCGAUGCCACAGGUCUCGGGUGCAGGAUGGUCGCUGCCGCGUCUGGGCGCCUAUGCUCUGAAGGGCAUCGACAGCCCCAUCGUCUUGAACGAGCUGCGCCUAUUUGAUGAUAGAG